AUGAUCUUUAACAAUAUAGAAAACGUUGAAAUCAACGAAUAAAACCUUAAGAAGGAAUAUUAGGCUUAAUUUGAAACUUGCUGUUCCUAACUCGAGGAACAUUUAUAAGUAUUAAAGAUUUAUUCAUUCAUUUAGUCUUCAUUCAAUAGAAUUGAUGUUUUACUUGACUAAACUAUGGAUGAUAUUGAAUAGUUAUUUAAUUAUAGAUUACAAUAACAACAAUAAUAAUAAUAAUCAAGAGAUACUUAAUAAAAUAGUUCAUUACCUUAAUUAUCAUAACCAAAUAUCCACAAUUAAUAAUUUAAUAAUUAAUUGAUUCAUUAAGUAACAUCUUUAAUCAAGGUUUCUAUUGAAAAUCAAGUAAAAAAGAAAGAAGAAUUUCUAAAUUAAGAAUUCCAGAAAUAAUUCAAUCAAACUAAUGAAAAAGAGAAGAUUCAAAAAUAAUCAUUUGAAGAAACAAUUUAAGCUAAGGAUUAAUAAUUAUAAUCUGAGAAAUUAUAAAUUCAAUAGCCUAAGUAAAUUUAAACUUAAUAAACAAUUAUUCAAUCAUCUCCUUAAUUAAUACUAAAACAAUUCACUUAUAAAUUAAUACAUAAUAAUUCAAUUAAAUAGCUUUAUUGCAAUGCAAUAGCUAUUAAUAAAGAUUAUUCAAUUGUAAUAGCUGGAUGUAGAAAAUAAAUUAAAGUAUUUGAAUUCAAAUAAGAAGUGUUGAAACAAACUCAACUUCUAACUGAACAUUCAAAUGAUGUAACCACUUUAAACUUUAUGAAUAAAUCUAAUCACUUUAUAUCUGGAAGUGAUAAAUCAAUUAUAAUAUGGUCUAUGAAUUAAAGCAAUUAAUGGAUUUGCUAAUAGAAAUUAAAUGGAAAUAAUAAUGAGAUAUCGUGUUUAGUGUUGAAUAAUAAUGAAGAUUUGAUCAUUUCAGGUAGUUAUGAUCAUACUAUUAAAUUUUGGAACAAGUAGAAUCAAUGGCUAUGUUAAUAAACUAUCAAAGAUCAUAAUAAUAUGGUAUGUGGAUUAAGUUUGAAUUAUCAAUAGAAUAAAGUGAUUUCAUGCGGACAAGAUGAAUAAAUAUUAAUAAUAGAACAAUCAUAAUAGGAUUCUAAAUGGAUUGUAAUCUAAAAGAUAAAGGUUGAAUAACAUGGUUAUAGAAUAUGCUUUAUAAAUGAUAAUCAAUUCACUUUUUAACCAUAUGGGAUAGAAUAAAUGCAUGUUUAUGAAAUGAAUAAUACUAAUAAAUAGUAUUCAAAGACUAAAGAUAUUCUUGUUAAAGGUGGAAUUGAUGAUUACUUUUUCUUUCCUUAAUAGCAUAUAAAAUCAAAUUGCCUGCUUGUAAAUAAGAAUGGCAAGUAUGUGAAUUUGAUAAGGACAAAAUUAAAUGGUGAGUUUAAGUCUGAAUAAUCCAUUGAAUUUGGAAGUCAUUAUAUAUUUGGAUGUAUGAGUGAUGAUGCUUAGUAUUUAAUAACUUGGGAUUACAAUUCAAAAGCAAUUCAGAUUAGAAAAUAUAAUGAAAUAUGA